AUAUAUAUACGUACAUAUAUAUAUAAUUAUUAAAAGAAAGACGCAACAAUGUUUCCCGCUGGUUUGUUUCUACGCACACGAGCCUCAAUUCCAAAUUACGCACGUUACUCGAAGAGCAGUCUACCUUCAAAUGUAUUUCUGUUAGGAGGAGGCCUGGGUAAGCUGCAAGGUGGUAUCAAGGAAGAAGAAUACUUUACCUCAAUCAAUCACGGAUUAAUGUCCAAUAUACGCAAACACAUUGAAUCCUCAAAGACAGCCGACUAUAUGCGCAAAUACGAGGAGUAUCAACGUACAUUAGAUCACGCUGCACUUUAUAAUACGACUUGUAUUAACAAAUAUAAAGAUAUACAUGAAGAAGCAUUCUUUAUGAAUGAGAGUACCGAGUGCUUAAAGGUCUUGCACAAUCGUGGUAAGGAAGAGCCCGCGGAAGAGGAAGAAUCUUAAGCACAGUAUUUGGUAAAUC